ACCCUCACCUCUCCCGCCGACACGCGCGCAGCCGCUCGCUCUUACCCAAACCUCUGGUGUCGACCAUGUCGUCUACCAAGAGCGGCAAGAAGGCCGAGAAGGAAAGCAAGUCGCGGACAAAGCUGAACAAGGCAGAGAUGAACGAGAAGCAACGAGUUCGGUCGCAGAAUCUGCGGAGGGAGAUGAAGGAGCUGUUCACCUACCUCGGCCAACUGCUGGGGUGUGAUCCCAAGGAAAAGGUGAAGAACAUCGUCUCGCUCGCCAUCCGCCGCCUUGAGGAGCAGGCUCUGCUCAUCUCCGAGCUUCAGGCCGCCGGCAUGGUCGCUUCCGGUGGUACCGCUCAGUCGGCCUCUCCGCUCAUGCGUGGGUCGUCCAAUAUCGUCGGCAUGCACGCUGUGCCAGACAUCCGUACCCAGCAGGCGCAGUUGUCGCCGUCGCAGGUGUCGCAGCCACAGGUACAGUCGCAGGCGCAGUCGCAAGCACAGGCUCAAGCGCAGCAGCAGAUGGCCAUGCGGGCACUCGCCGAGGCGAACCUGCAACAGGCCCACGCCCGCGCCAUGCAGGCCCAGGCUCAGGUCCAGGCCCAGGCGCGGCUGGCUGCACAGGCGCAGGCAGCCGCCAACGCCGCCGCUGAGCAGCUUCGUGCCGCCGAGUCGGCCCGCGAGUCGGCCGGUCUGUUCCCACCAGACUUGACGUCAUCGCUGACGCCCGCUAUGGCCGACAUGUCGAUUGCCCGCAACAGCGGUAGCAACGGGCGCUCGAUGUCGUCGGGUCCGCAGAGCUUGACAUCAUCCGAGUCGCUCAUUCCAGGUCCGCGGCUGGCAAGCAGUUUGCAGAGCAACUCGGGCUCGAUUGUGUGGGGUGAGGACGGCGGCACGGCUGCCUCCUCCGCCGCACCGAGUAUUGCCAUUCCGAGCGGAGUGGCGGGCCAGUUUGGCAUGGAUGCGCUCGGAAACUCACUCUACGCCCCGAUGAACAUGGUAGGCGCGGGCAUGCCCCGGUCCGGCCCGAGCUCUUUCAUGGCCGCUACGACGAGCUACUUUGGCGGCCCGGUCCCAACCACGUCAGUGACACCGGCACCGUCGCUAGCAGCACCGCCGUCCACCAUCUCGCCGCAGGCGGUUGCCCCUGCCGGCGCUGUCUCGGGCACCAACUCGAACAGCCUCUCGCACCUGGGCAUAUCAACCGAGUUUAACGACCUCAUCAACUCGUACCUUGACCCGACAAGCAACUCGUUCGGUCUCAAUCUCUCCGACCCAAGCCUGGCCCUGGGCGACGUCAACGACAUGAUCCUCGCCUCGCCAAGCGAAAUUGUGCCGCCGACAGCUGCCCAGCAGCAAGCCAAGCGGAAGUUCCAGCUCUCGGCGUCGCAAGACACCAACUUGCCGAUCAUCACGGACACCCUACCGCCAAAGCAGGCCCGUGUCCGGCCGACCAAGCGCCGCCGCCGCCGCCGUGAGACCACAGAGGGCGUCGCAACCUCCAACACCAUGGCCUCCAACGCUGAAGAGUUGGACGAGUACGAGUCGAACACCCAGUCCGGGUAAGCUUCCACUACCUGGGCAGGUCUGCUCUCACGACGACGUUGUACCGCGCUGGUGUGGCACAACAUCGCGCAAGUCAUCGGGAAUAGGAUGCCCGUUGUCUAGCAGCCAUGCCUUGUACGCCCCGUUGACAUAUCGCCGUUGGAACUCGUGGUCUGCUAACGCACGCGCAGGCAACGACGAUGGAACUGUGUUGUCGCUGCGCACCAGCUCCGAUCGUGGCUGCGGAACCGCAGUAUACCGCUGCUGCCGCUCGGCCGCAUGCCGCGCCGCGUGGCUCUUGGCCAGAUGCCGGUGCAUCAGCCGCUCCCACUGCUCCGGCGGCGCAGUCCAGUCGCGCCCGUAUGCCGUAGCCCGCGAGACCGGCGGUGGUGGCGCAGAAUCGCCGGCGAUCGGCACCACAUACCGCAUCGACCACGAACUAAAGUCUGCGUCGCGAUCCC